UCCUCACAGUCACAGUAUUGUGUGCGCUCCCUCAACAUCAUUCUACUCGACAAUGGUCAAGACACGUGCUCACCACAAUCGGCCCAAAAGCCAUAAGAAACCUACAUGGGCUGCUGUCACUGAGGCUGGCGAAGUGGCUCGAAACGCUGCCAAACUACGAGGUGCAGCGAAGAGUCGCGUUAUGAAAGCGGCAUCGGUUCCUCUUCCUGCCCUUGACGACACCGCACUCGCGCGCAAAUGGUCUGCGAAGCGCGAAAAACGGUUCAUACGCAAUGUCCGAUAUAAUGCGCAGCUAUGGCAUAAACACGCACCGACCUACCGCAUCUCGGGCGCCCACAUCGGCCCCUUGUCGUCUCGUCCCAAGCCAUCUAGCGAGGGUAAAAUAAAAGCGCAGGCCACCAUCGAUGCCAUGGCGCAUUGGGAGUCCGACGCUUGUUCUGCUAAAUUUUGUGAUAAUGAGGGCCAACCACUGGCGGCAUACUUCGCAAAACGCAUUAAGCGCCGAUCUGCAGGCCAACGCAGAGUCGGUACACAAGCACCAAUAUAUCCCAGCGGCUCAAAGGCACCGACUGCGCUCGGUCGCACAGCAGCGGCCGUUGAAGAGGCCGCUGCUGCGGGCCACAAAGUGCUCAACGACGGUAUCAAGGACAAAUUGAUAGGAGAUGCUCUAUUUGCGACGCAGGUCUUGCACCACUUCUGCCACCCAGAAAAGUCGCGAAAGGACGGUCGGCACGACUUUGAGGAUUUUCUCAUGAGAUAUCGGCGAAGGCCAGAUGAAGCGGGGGAAGAAUGCGCACGUGAGGAGCACGGACAGUGGGAUUUUGUUCAUGAUGGCCUUACCUAUAGAUUUGCCGACGAGCACGAAGCAUCUGAGCGCACAGGCGUGACUCACCUUGUACAUGCAUGGCACAUGCAGGGUCACCAUACGAAGCAGAGUCCUUUGAAGCCUUCGGCUGACAUGGUGCGGAACGCACAAGUUGCACAAGCUGUGCAGUGGUACCUAUCGUACACCCGGCCGCUCGCUCUCACUUUGCAGGAAAUGUUCAAGGUAUCAUGGCCCGAAUACUAUGAAAAGUACCGAGCGGCCUUCGAAGCAGGUGUGUGGGUCGAAGACGAUCCUGGACCCUGGCUGGGGAGGGCCAUUGUGUGGAAAUUGCAAGUUCUUCCUCAUCGCGAUGGCCUGGACGGUGGGCCUACGGCCAUAUUUUGUCUCGGCAGUUUCACCGGCGGUGAAUGCUAUUUGCCAGAUUUACGUCUCAAACUCCAUUAUCGUCCCGGGGACGUCUUGAUCUUUUUAUCAGGGGACUUGUAUCACGCGAUCGGCGAGUGGAAACCAACGACAGGGGUUUCCACGCGAGGCGUUACUCCAGGACGCGUUGGGAAUGUUUUCUUUAGUCCUAAGGAUUCCCUGCAGGCUCUGGAGGGCCAAUGUCCUCGCUGGUCCAAAAAGACCGCUGGUGGCGUCCUUCCUCGGUCAUCUUGAGGCCACCAGGCGACAACUGCGCGAGGUUCUUUAUUUCAUACUAUGCUUAAAUACAAGUUGUUUCUUGGACCCAGUGCAACGCUCCUGCAGUUGCUAAAUGAGACCCCUUGGGCGGCUCAGCACAUGCAGCUGGAUUGCUGGCUAUAAGUUUUACAAGGUGAUCUUAAGUAGCUAUACGCCCGGGAUAGAGAUGUCUAUUCUCAGAAGGUGGUCUCCACCCGCUCCAUCGACCUCUAAGCGCCAGCCAGUUGUGGAAUCGUCAGAAGAUGAGUUAGAUAACGAGGACCGGCCGCC